AUUAGUACAGAUAAGGCACCAGCUGCAGUGGGGCCAUAUUCUCAAGGAAUUAAGGCUAAUAAUUUCAUUUAUGUAUCUGGUUCUCUAGGUCUUAUUCCUGAGACUGGAGUACUCAUAUCAGACAGUGUGGAGGAUCAAACAGAACUGGCUCUGAAAAAUAUUGGGGAGAUACUUAAAGCUGGUGGUGUUAGCUAUUCUGCAGCUGUUAAAACAACAAUUAUGUUGGCUGAUCUAGGGGACUUCCAGAAAGUCAAUGCAAUUUAUGCUAAAUAUUUUCCAGAUCCUGCACCAGCACGUUCAACUUUUCAAGCAGCAGGAUUACCCUUGAAUGCAAAAAUUGAAAUUGAUUGCAUAGCAGUAUGUUAAACAGAUUCAAGUCUUCAACUUCCAUGGCAGCUAUGAUUUUAGAUUCAAAUAAAGGAGAUUUAAGUCUUUAAUUCAGAGUCUUUUGAUACUCUGCUUUAGAUUCAAUCUCCAUUGCUGCAGAGUGCAGCACCAAUAAAUUCUGUAAAAAGGGCUCUUUCAGUCCCCAUAAUAAUAAUUCAUCAAGUGUAUAAUCACGUUCAAA